AUGCGAUUACUUUUUCUCUUUUUAUUCCUGUCUUACCUAAGUACUACUGCCUCCGAAACGGUUGUGAUUGUUCAACAACCUACACCAGUGCGUCAUCCACCACCUCCACCGCCACCACCUCAUUUACGACAUCACAUGCCUCCACCACCUCCACCACCUCCACCUCCAUUUGGACGCAUGCAUCCUCCACCACCGCCGCCGCCACCACCACCACGUCCUCAUGUUUAUGGAUGA